UGCUGCACGAUUGGAAUCGUUCUUGAAACUAAUUACAAUCAACAAAAUUUGUAGCGUAGGCUAUACACAAUUAAGGAAGUUGCCUCUACUUUUGCCAGUCAUAUUUAUCAAUCGAAAUUAUGCUAAUUAGGUAUUUGCACGGGCGAUUACAUGCGCAACAUGACGAAGUAUAAAGAGCAAGCGCGGUCGUCUCCACGUCAGCCGUUUUCCGCCCCCUCACACUCCCUCCAUCCUUCUCUCGCAAAUCAAUGUAUAUCAAUCUCAAUGUGAAAAAGGUAAGCGAAAAGAAAAUAGAAAUCGUGAAUCCUAUUCAGGUGCGGUAUCCGUUGACGACACGGGGUACCACGUGUCCACGUGUCUGACGGCGGUGGGCAGCACGCACACGGCACACGACCGUCGUCUAAAAAUACUCGCAGUCUGGUGAGAGCCGCCCGAUCGCGCGUCGAUCCGUGCCGAUCGGACCGACAGAGCGAGAGAAGCGAAGAGAAAUGGAUCUGACGCGUUACCGUAAAAUCAUAAUCUACACGCUGACGUUCCUCGCGUACGCCUGGUCCGGCUACGGCGCCGGGCUACUGGCGAAUCUACGGGACGCCGUGCUCGCGGCGGAGACUGUCUUCCAGGAUCUGUUCGCCAACGCCAUAACCGUGGCGAAGAAGAUCAAAGACAUACACGAAGUAUUUGACGCCGCCGUCGAGGAGAACUGCGUCUUCAAAUGCCCCGACGGAGCCACGCCGAAGGCAGACCGGAACCAUAAGCCGAAGAGUGACGGAUGCGGUUCCCUCGGUAUCCAGGUGAAUCAGGAAUACCUUCCGCUUACGGAAAUGACGAAAUGCUGCGACCUACAUGACAUUUGCUACGACACUUGCAACACCGACAAGGAGAAGUGCGACCUGGAAUUUAAGAGAUGCCUCUAUAGAUACUGUGACACGUAUCAGACUACUGCCAUUAGUAUUGUCAACACGUGUAAAGCCGCAGCCAAAGCUCUCUUCACGGGAACGACCGCGUUGGGUUGUAAGAGCUUUCUCGACGCCCAGAAACAGGCCUGUUAUUGUCCCGAUAAAUGGAGAAACAAGAAACCGAAGAAGGCGGCACAGGCUGGCGGAGACUUAUAACGAUAUGAAUAUAACAGUAUAAACUAUUUAUAUAUAAAAGAGCGUAUUAAAUAGAAUAGAAAUUUGAAUGGACCUCUCGGCAAACAAAAUCCAGAUUUUUGUAAUUAUCGUUGUAAUAUUCAUUCUAACGUAAUUUGUAAGAUGCUUUAGUUUAAGUAUGAGACACGUGAAUUUUAUAAAAAAAGGUAGCUAUGUGUUUCUUGUUCUAACUGUAACAAUAAUUGUUACAACUGUAAUUAAAUUAUUAAAGUAAUUAUGUUAAUUGGA